UGUAAGCCUGCACCGUUAUAAAUAUUACAGCACCCUGAUGGGAUUCGUUAUAAAAAAAACUAAGAGGAAAAAAAACAGUAGCCACGCCCAUUCAUUUUUUCACCCCACACCUUUGUGCUAAUAUUUGUUAACACUGAGUCACACUCGUGUUGUUAAUGUGAGAGGUGCUUGUAAAAUCCUGCUCGCAUUACAAGGGGAAGCUGUAGUGGGGAGGACUAAAAGCAGCUGCUCACGUUGUAUCUAGAUCCGGAUUUGUGAAUAUCCAAAGGGGGUGGCGUGGUUAUUCUGAAUUCACACAAUGGAAAAUGAUGAAUCAGUUAUUGAAAAACAAGAAGCAAAACCAGAUAAAGAUGACGUCUCUAAGAACCUUCAAUGUAAUAUGGAAACUAAAGAAAGCAGCACAGAACUCAGAGAUAAGGAAAUUUCUUUGGCAAACUCCAAAGUGGCAGAUAGAACCAUUCCUACAGAAAUAAGUGCUUUGCUGGACAAUGAAAUUGAACAUCCAGUGGAGUCCCAGAACACAUCAAAAUCUUGCAUAAAGUUAAAGAAGCUAUGUGCAUGCCCACCAGAAGGAUACCUCUCCCUAACCGUAACAAAUGUUAUCAUGGUGGUCCUGGUUUGGGGAGUUGUCUGGUCUAUAACAGGUUCGGAAUGUCUGCCUGGUGGGAACCUUUUUGGAAUCCUAAUUCUCUUUUUUUGUGCUGUAAUUGGAGGCAAACUUGUGAGUCUUAUUAGAAUACCAACUCUACCUCCAUUGCCUGCACUCCUUGGAAUGUUACUAGCUGGUUUUCUUAUACGAAAUAUUCCAUUUGUCAGUGAUCAAAUACAAAUUACGUAUAAGUGGUCUGCUGCUUUGAGAAACAUUGCCUUAGCAAUCAUCUUAACUCGAGCAGGGCUUGGACUGGAUGCCAAGGCUUUAAGAAAACUGAAGAGUGUGUGUUUACGGCUUUCACUUGGACCAUGUGCAAUUGAAGCAACUGCAGCUGCAAUCAUUUCUCAUUAUCUAAUGGGAUUGCCUCUGACCUGGGGUUUUAUGUUAGGUUUUGUUUUAGGUGCUGUAUCCCCAGCUGUCGUGGUUCCAUCUAUGCUAAUUUUGCAGAAAGAUGGAUAUGGGGUAGAUAAAGGUAUUCCAACCUUGCUAAUGGCUGCUGGUAGCUUUGAUGACAUCUUGGCUAUAACAGGCUUCAAUACAUGUUUGGGCAUGGCAUUCUCAUCAGGUUCCACCCUUAAUAACAUCAUCAGAGGAGUACUAGAAGUUGUAGUUGGAGUAGUAUCUGGUCUUGUAUUAGGAUUUUUUCUUAAGUAUUUUCCAAGCAAAGAUCAGGAAAAACUAAAACUGAAACGAGCGUAUCUUCUUUUGGCACUAUCUAUAUUCGCUGUAUUUGGAAGUCUAUUCUUUGGUUUUCCAGGAUCUGGUGGGCUUUGUACAUUGGUCAUGGCCUUUCUAGCUGGAAUGGGAUGGGCUACUGAUAAGGCUUUGGUUGAAGACAUUGUUGCGGUCGGAUGGGACAUUUUCCAGCCAAUGUUAUUUGGUUUAAUUGGUGCUGAAAUAUCUGUUUCAUCACUAAAUCCAGGAACUGUUGGCCUUUGCGUUGCAACUCUCAGUAUUGCCCUGGUAGUAAGGAUAUGUGUCACGUUCUUGAUGGUGUGCUGGGCUGGUUUUCGUAUGAAGGAAAAAAUAUUUAUUUCCCUGGCAUGGAUUCCUAAAGCAACAGUUCAGGCUGCGAUAGGGUCUGUGGCUUUGGAUGCUGCAAGAAGCAAAGGAGAUAAACAGUUAGAAGAGUAUGGCAUGGACUUGCUAACAGUAGCAUUUUUGGCAAUUCUUAUUACUGCACCAACAGGAGCUCUUAUUAUUGGUUUGUGUGGGCCCAAAAUGCUUCAGAAAUCAAAUGCAAGUGGUAAAGAAGAAGACAUAGCUGGAGACGGAAAGAGUGGUGUGGUGUGAGAAUUACUGCUUCUCUACGCUGGCCGUGGAGGAUAGAAAUUAUGAGCAAAUUACCUUGCUGGCCAAAUUUAUAUAAAUAAAUAGUACAGUGCUUCUAAUGACCCAUAUAUGUUCUUAUAUAAAGUAAUAUUUAUAGAAGUGUUUCUUCUGAGGAACAGCGAAACACCAAGAAGAUAAAGAUAGAACAUUGAAAGUAUAAGCAUCUAAAUAGUUUAAUCCCCAACAAUGGUUGGUGCCUGAUUUAUUUAUUUUUUGCUAAGAAGCCAGAUAGACUGAUAUUAAAUUUGCCAAAGCUUUCUUAAAAGGAGAAAGAGAUGUAUGUCAUUUUUAGCCUGAAGGGUACAUGUUAAAAUAAACCAAAGGCAUAUAUUGUUGUGUAAUACCAUAUUUUCAUAAUUUUGUUGAGAAUAAAUGUGCACAUUUUUGUA